AAAGCUCUUUUACCUUUAUGUGUCGGUCACUGUGGGAAUAAGGUGUGUGUGUGUGUGUGUGUGUGUUGCUGUUUGUGUGCAUCUUCGAGCAAGCGAGGGCUGCCAUAAUCAGGUCGAUUUUCCUUGCGGAGCGGCUCUUCAUCGCUCUCCGAGUGUUCCUCCAUAGCGUCUCUUCAGCUGCACCUUGGAAAACGAACUGAGGACACUAAGGACUAUCGGAGGGAACUUUUAAGAACUAGUGGUCAAGAUGUUGAUCGCCAUGCUAACAGCCAUGUAUGUGAUGGUCAGAGUCGUAGAAUCGAUAGGGGAGCACUUUUCCCACAAACAGGAGCGUCUGCCUUACAUGGUGUCCCAGCCUUUGCCUUGGCAGGUGCAUUCAGUGUCGCACAGCCGCAGGAGCAGCAAAACAGAUGAGCUCGAUGGCUUUAGGAGGAAUAGCAUGGGUGUCUAUAGAAAGUACUCCAACGCCAGUAACGGCACGUGCUGCAGCGAGCUGGUCGGCCCGCCCCCGCUCAGCCCCGUGGAGGUGGAGAAGGCCGCCGCCACCAUUCAGACCCAUUUCAGGAAGUUCCAACAGAAGAAGCAAAAGAACGGCAAAUAGACCUUUUGGACUUGUGUGGAUACCAACAAACAACCGUGGAUGGACCUUUUCAUACAACGUGUACAACACAGAAUGUACAUGCAAGCUAAUAAUGUAACGUAGCAUGGUCAGAUUCAGUAAUCCAUCGAAAUCGGUGAUUCUCCAAGUGCAGUUCGAAUACCACUAGCGGUAUGCAGGCUCCCUCUAGUGGUACGUGAAAAACAAUCACAGCGAAGUACAGUUCAGUUGUCUUUAACUUUUAUGUUGAAUACAUUUGCAUUUAACGUUGAAACUUCCAAAAUCUUUUAACUGUUUUUAAACAUUCAAUUUGUAUUUAACUACUGUGUACUAUACAUUUUAUUUGAAUCAUUAUUCAAGUACAGUUUUUUUUUUUCAAAACUCCUAUAUUGAUCUAAAUACUCGGUAUACAUUAUCUUAUUAUAGUGUAAAAUUUGAGAUACCUGUGAUUUUAUUUACACUCAUUGGCCACUUCAUUAGCAACCCUUACAUAAUCUAAUGAGAUCCAAUAUAAAUGAUGCAAAAAAUUAUUCCGCCGUCACACAAAUAAUAAUGCUUUUAAAAAAUAUAUAUAUUUUUUUGUUUUUAAUUACCUGCGAUUGGCUGUCCUCCAAUAAUUCAGGGCGUUUCCUGCUUUUCGCCCAAAAUCAGCUGGGAUGGGCUCCAGCUCACUCGAGUGCUCCAAAAAGGGGAUGGGCUGAUGUCAAUAAUUCAAAUUUUAAAUGCAUAAUCAUACAUAAAAUUUAAAUCACAAUUCAUUAAAAUGAUGUAAUAAUAAUCAUAAUUACUCUGGAGCUAAUUUGUAUAUUCAACAACCUUUAUUAUGGUAGUUUGCAUGAAGGCACUUUAUCCAGCUGCAUGCGAGGGACAACAAUUUAGAAACAAGAAUAUUUUUUUAUAUUCGAUAGAUUUUUUUUCAACAUAAAAUUGUGUUCAGAAUAAUGUACAAUAAAAAAAGUAGUGUGUCUAAGUAAAAGGGGAUAGUGCAAUGGAAUCCACUGGUCCUGAGAGUGGAAUCACAGUUGUAAGAGAAUUUUUAGAGAAUUUUAGAGAACUUUUUUUUGAACGGCAUAAUCCCUUUUCUUCACUUUCUGUAAAGGAAUACCGCAUAUUAAUAUUUUGAUUCGUCUUAGAAUGUGUCGUGUUCACAAGGCAUUUGGGGUGAUAAAAUCUGUUAUAACUUGGAUACUCACUCUGCAAUUAUUCUGAACACCACUCUUGUGUUGUCAAAUGUUGUGGCCCUGCAGUUGAACAUGCGGGCAUGUUAUGACCUUAUGAAUAUGAAAGCUAUGACUUAUGUGUUGACAUUUGCAAAAAUAAAUGCAGAAAUAUGA